GUCUUGCAGCAACUUUAGAGAAAAGAUCUACACAAAAUUCAUAAAGAAGUAAGCAUGGCAGCUUCGGUGGCCUCAUCCCAACAGAGCUUUCUUGCCAACGCUCUCACACCACCAACCCACAAACCCAAAACCAAGAUUCUCACUUCUGCGGCUAACACUACCAUCUCAUGCAAAAGAAGCUACUCAUCAACAGAUGACCACAAAGGCUAUUCCAGUGAUGAUGGAUUUCUUAGAAAGAAUGAGAACAAAUUUGCGAAGUUGGCAAUGGUGACACUGGCAGCUGGGGUGUUGACAUUGAGCUCAGUUCAUGAUGCAUCAGCUGCCAAGACUGGUGGUAGAGUUGGGGGCCAGGCCUUCCGGCCUUCGGCUCCUCCUCGGUCUUCAUCCCCUAGGAUCAACAAUAAUUCAAGGACCAAUAUUUAUAUCAAUCCUCCAGUAGCCCCACCUUUAGUUGGUGGUUAUGGAUACGGUUACGGAGUACCAUUCUUUGGAGGCUGGGGUUGGUCGCCAUUUUCAUUUUUCGCCCCAGGUCCUAGUGUUGCCGUCGGCAUUGGUGGUGGUUUCCAACUCUUAGUUUUCUUUGCGUUUCUUGGUGCUGCUGCUGCUGUUGCAAGGAGAUUCACUGGAUCAAGAGACGAAGACGAAGAUGAUGAUUACUAUUAACAGACAACUGAAGAAUAUAUGCUUUGUUUUGGUGGCUACAAGACAUUUUGAGUAGCCACCCUGUUUUAUUGUAGAAUAGCAUUAUGCAAUGUAACAUAGCUGUGCAAAGUUCCAGUACAAAAACAUGCAUUUAAAUAAUG